GGACAUUUGAGGCUAGCCAAGAUUUAAAAGAUGGACCCCUCUAUCAUCGAAAAUUUUUGCAGUAUUACUGGGACGUCUGAAAUGGAAGCUAAACAUUUUCUAGAAGCUUUCGAUUGGAAUUGCGAUGAGGCAGUCAAAGCGUAUUUUGAUUCUGAGGAUGCUGUUCAGUCAAGCGAUGUUUCUCAUUCCGACCAAAGUACUGAACCACCGAUUAAAAGCAACAAAGAGCCUUCAGUUUCUACAUUUAAUCGACCACCACACAGCAAGCCUAAAAUAGCAACUUUGAGUACCCUGGAAAAUGACAGUGAUGAUGAGUCAGAUAAGGGACAGGCAUUUUAUGUUGGUGGUUCAGAGACUGGAGGUGGUGGCCAACAAGUCCUUGGUCCUCCAAGACGUGAUGGUACUAAGAAAACUCAUGACCCUUCCCAAACUCCCGACGUUUUCAUCCGUAAUCUUUUUCAAGCUGCUAGAGGUAAAGGAGCAGAAGUGCUGGAUACACACCAAUACAAUGAAUACAAAAGUAAAUCAAAAAAACAAUUGCCUUUUAGUGGAACUGGCUACAAGCUUGGUGAUGAUCUUAAUGCUCCCCCCCAACUCGAGGCAACUACUGCGAGCAGUUCCAGUGCAAACGAUGUCUCUGAAAAAAACGUUGUUGUAAAAAUGUGGCGUGAUGGUUUUAGUUUAGACAGUGGGCCGUUACGUUCAUAUACUGAUCCGGAUGCUUCUGAAUUUUUGAAUGCAAUACAGAAUGGUCAAAUCCCUGAAGAACUUUUAAAAUCUGCUGGUGGAGGUAUGGUCAAUGUUAUGCUCGAAGAUCAUCAUCAUGAAGGGUGGCAGGCUCCUUCUGCUCCUAAGAUCAUACCUUUUUCUGGCGUAGGACAAAUGCUUGGUUCUCCGCUUCCUCACUUAGUCUCAAGCGUUCCAACUAAAGUCAAUAUCAAUGAAAACCAUGAACCUGGUGUUACAGUAGACGAUACCAAACCGGUAACACAAAUUCAGAUCCGAUUACCUGAUGGAUCGAGAUUUGUGAUCCGUCUAAACAAUUUUCACACAAUUGGUGAUAUCAGAAGAGCAAUCAUCAGUGAAAGACCAGAUUUGGCUUCCAGAUUAUUUGCAUUGAUGACAUCCUAUCCAACCCGUGACUUAAAUGAAGAUGCACAAACACUAGAAGAUGGUGAUCUUCUGAAUUCAUCACUAUUAGUUCGAUUUAUGUGAAUGAUACUUUAUUAUUGGUUGAAUUCACUGUUAAUACCAUUGCUAUUAUUACUAUGACUACCAUUAGUAGCACAAUUAUCGAAUGUGAGUAGUUUUGUUGUUUAUGAAAUGCAGAAAAUGAACAAAAUGUGAGAACAUAAAUAUAUUCUGUAAUUUUUCCAACGGUACUUGUGGUUAAUACUUUAAUUGUUUUAAAAUAUUUUGUGACUCAGUACACACAAUUUGUCUUUUUAUCAUCAAAUUUCUUGGUGAAAAUAUUCAAGGUGAAACCGUUUAUCUGUUGGUUUUGUUUCAUCAUUUUUACGCAUGUAAAUGUGUUCUUUAAUCAACUGACUUUCACAACAAAUGUACACCGUUGUUUGUUUGAAGAUGAAUUGAUAACAAAUAAAGAAUAUAUUUAUAUAUGCAU